AACAGAAAUUAGUUUAGUUACCAUCUCAAUUGUGUUUGGACACUCUCUCAGUAGACAAUAGGAAUUUUGUGCUUUAAAAAAAUGAAGGUUUUCGGUGUUUGUGUGCUUAUUUGCGGCAUUGCUGCUAGCAUUGCUCAUCCGUUUAACAAUCAACCAACUUUACGCUAUCGUCGACAGUCGGCAUCACGUCAAUUGCACAAUAAUCUUGUGAAUCAACGUUUGGCGAACUUUCCAUCGUCUUCAUCACCUUAUUCGACACAAGUAAUUAAUUAUCCAGGCGGCUACAGUAACUAUAAUGGUCCACAGGCUUUUGUUACAAACAGACCAACCAUCAUUGCACCACUCGUGCAACAUGUCCGAAUGAUGCCAAACGCUCCGUUUGUUCCACAAAAUCCAAUUGAUGCACCUGUGCCAUCGCAAGAAUAUACAUACACUACAACCACUACCACCGCUGCUCCAAUUAUUGUUGACGAAGUGGCAGAAGAAGUCAAAGAAGAAGAACAACAAGAAGAAGAAAUCGCAACCCAAGCACCAGUUGUACCUCCUCGCCCAAAAUUCAGAGGACAUGUUAAUCGACGCAUCCAACCAACAUCAGUGCCACAAGUUCAGCAACCUGUUCACCGAUUCCAACAACCAUCUAACCAAGAAUUUGGACAAGAUUUUACUGCCGAAAAAAGUUUGCCCGUAAAACCAGUAGCCCGGGGUCCAUUUAUUGAAACCGAAGAACAGCGUUUGCUGCGUGAAGAGCAAGCCAAGAAUGCUCACUAUACAUUCGGUACCUCAAUCGAUGACAAAAUUAACGAUCAUGCUAUCUCCCGAGAAGAAACUCGCGAUGGUUUGGCAUUGCGCGGCAUGUACUCGUACAGUGACGGAUACUUCAGACGUACAAUCCAUUACGAAGCCGAUCAAAAUGGAUACCGAGUGGUGAAAGAAGAGAUUGAACCAAUUGGUGAUGGUCCACAAUAUAAUCCACAAGGUACUGCCGAUGUAUCAGCAGACUUACACGAUAAUCAUCUAAGUUACUCAAUUACUGCUGAUGAUUUUGCUAAACCAAAAAAUAAGAAGAAAGUUGCAACUGAGUCUCCAUUCGAUGAAGAAGAGGAAGAAGAAUAAGCCAUAACAAUGUACGAUUCAAAUAAAACGAUUCGUAUGAUCAAAAAAAAAAAA